GAGAAGUGACUUGACGCCAAUCAGAAUGAAGCCUGGCCCUGCACCCUGAGCUAGACGCAAGCAGGGGUCAUUAGGCUGUGAUAGCAGCCUGGCGGUCAUGAGAUCCGUGCCUCACACCAGCUUCCUCAGCUCGCCUGGGCUCCUUCCGAGUGUUUCAGUUUCUCUGUAGCUCCAGGAACAGAACUAAGAAAAGUCAGAAUCAAAACAGCUAGACACAAAGAAAAGCAGAAGUGGGCGUCUCAGAGACUGGCCGGGUCCUCCUGCUGGGCUGAACCGUGGAGCGUCCAGCUGUGGCCUGCCUGCCGGUGACCCAUGUGUGGGAGAAAUGACCCAGCUGGCCUCAGCUGUGUGGCUGCCCACGCUGUUGCUGCUGCUGCUUUUCUGGGUUCCAGGCUGUGUCCCUCUUCGUGGCCCCAGCAGUGUGACAGGAACUGUGGGGGAGUCCCUGAACGUGACUUGUCAGUAUGAGGAGAGAUUCAAGAUGAAUAAGAAAUACUGGUGCAGAGGGUCACUUGUUCUACUUUGCAAAGAUAUUGUCAAGACCGGAGGCUCAGAAGAAGCUAGGAAUGGCCGAGUGUCCAUCAGGGACGAUCGAGACAACCUGACCUUCACAGUGACCUUGCAGAACCUCACGCUGGAGGAUGCAGGCACCUACAUGUGUGCGGUGGAUAUACCAUUGAUCGAUCACUCCUUCAAGGUUGAAUUGUCUGUGGUCCCAGGUAACAUCCCAGUUUCAUCUCCAGGAACAACACGAGAGACAACUGUGGUGCCCACCAGCUUCUCUACCAAGGGUCCCACCCAAGGAUCCAUCCCAGAGGGGCACCAUGAACAUUAUGAGCCCCAGGGCUUGAGUCUCCCAGUGCUGCUGUCCGUGUUAGCUCUCUUGCUGUUGCUGUUGGUGGGGACCUCUCUGCUGGCCUGGAGGAUGUUCCAGAAGCGGUCAGUCAAAGCUGAUAAGCACCCAGAGAUGUCCCAGAACCUCAGACAGGCCGAGGAGCAGAGUGAAUCCCAGUAUGUCAAUCUGCAGCUGCACACGUUGCCCCUGAGGGAAGAGCCGGUGCCACCAAGUCAGGUGGAGGUAGAAUACAGCACACUGGCAUUACCUCAGGAAGAGCUCCAUUAUACAUCCGUGGUAUUCGACUCUCAGAGGCAGAAUUCUCAUGCCAAUGGGGAUCCCCCUUGUCAAUCUCCGGACCAAAAAACAGAGUACAGUGAGAUCCGGAAGCCCAGAGAAGGUCUCUCUGACCCUCACCCGUGACUCCUUGUCAUCUGAUCCCUUCAAUGGUGACCACCAGGUCCCCAAGCUCCCUGCUGGCUGCUGCCUUCAAUGUCGUGAGCCUCCCUGGCUUCACUAAAGAUGAGCAGGAGCCAGGGCUCUGUGGGUACAGAGUCUCAUCCCUGUGGCUCUCUCCUCUUAGCCUGCAUUUCGUUCUGCCCCUGGUUGUGAAGAUGUAGAUGCUACUCCUUUGGGGCUCUGGGAAGUGACAUGGUUCAUAUAGAAUGGCACUUGUGUU